UCUGUUUACAACAAUGAACAAAAUGUCAAAAUAAAUUGAAUGGAGUAAAAAACUGUAGCCACCGGAUUUUGGAAUUGAUAGUGAGCGAGUUGAAUAGCGUUAUAAAUAAUCUUUAAUAUUCGUAGAAAUCCUUGGUGAGAACUGUAAAGUAAUAUUAUAUUUAGAAUUAAAUCAUUAGUUUAAAUUACGUGUUAAUAUUAUUUGUGUUGUAUUAAGCCUGUGACAAUAGUUGAAAUUUAACACUAUCACUAGUAUAUAGUUGAUUGAAGUCAGUCGCUGGGUGCAAAAAGAAAAUGGCGUGUGCUACUCUCAAAAGAAAUUUGGACUGGGAAUCGAUGGCACAAUUGCCUGCUAAAAGGCGAAGAUGUGCCCCGUUUGCAGCAAGUUCCAGCACAAGCCCAGGAAUCAAAAUGACUGAAAAUAGACCUUCCACUUUUGGAGAAUCAGUUACUGCACCUGUAAAAUUGACCCCAGAACGUAUGGCACAAGAGAUAUGCGAUGAAAUUAAGCGGCUGCAGCGGCGCCGCCAGUUGCGCCUCGCCAGUGGCGCGGCCGCUUCGUGUUCGUCGUCCAGCGGCAGCGAGGGAGACUCCUCGCCGCCGCAUCGCUCGUCGCACAACUCUCAGAAGGUUCACAAUCGUGCACUGUUCACAUUCAAGCAGGUCCGCAUGAUCUGCGAGAGGAUGCUGCGCGAACAAGAGGCCGCGCUCCGAGCGGAGUAUGAGAGCGCGCUCAGCACUAAACUCGCUGAACAGUAUGAGGCUUUCGUCCGCUUCAACUUAGAUCAGGUACAACGCCGUCCCCCACCCGCCACGUGCAUGCCGCUCGGUAUGGACGCCGAGCAUCAUAUGCAUCAGGAUCUCGUCCCAAGUUAUCUGUCCUAAUAAUAACAAAGGAGUCGGCGGCGCGGCGUUACUAAUAUGCUGCAAAUAUAUCAAGACAAACAUAUUUUGGUAUAUGUGAAUAUUAUAUGCGGGAAUAUAGAGUAUCCUAUAAAUUGAAAAUUUGUGAUUGCUUGUGGAAUUCAUCUAUGCAACCGUACAAUAUUUAUUAAUCUGGAGACAUACUAUAUGAUUCUAUUUAGUGCUAUUUCAUACAAAUUUGACAGUAUUAUGACAUACCAUGUUCAACUUGACUUCUAAAAAUGAUAAUAUACAAACAAUGAUUAAUCAGCAAUUGUCUUAGAUGAAUUCCACGGUGUGUUCAUGCCACAUACACAUAAUUUAGCUUAUAAUGCUUUAGAUAAGGUUCGCUGGUGUUCAUAGACUGAGGAUCCACAGACAUGGAGUGAAGCGUCGGCUUCCAUGUGCCGCAGUUUGGUUUCGCGUUGGUCUACCAAAUAAAUGUACACACAACAUAAUACAAAGCCAAUUUUUGGUAGAAGGUUUUUUUAAAUAUUUUCUAAAAGAUAACAUUUGUAAACCUGUAGUUUACUUAGAUCUAACACAAAAUCACACGGAGUGCCUGUUAAGAGAUCAAUGUCCUCAAACAUUUUUGCUAUUAGCCAUAAUUUUGAUUGAUAUGGAUUAUAUUUAAUUUUACGAAUUAUAUAGUUCUAGUUCUUAAAUUAUGUUUUUUCUUCUUGUCCGACUCGCAUGCCGUGGUCGGUAUGUGUAGUUUCAUAAUGACAAGUGGCCUCGUGUAUCAGACAGUUUUGAUUUAUCUGUGAAUGUGAAGGAGGCUGGAUCACACCUGAUUUUUGAAAUAUUUUGUGGCGUAAAUGGCUGGAGUAACAAAAUUUUUGCCAUAAGUGUAUAGUAACUAUUAAUAAUUAUUAUUAAAUUAUAUUAUUUAACAUUUUCACGUAUGUAGGUUCUAUUGCUGAUUUCAGUAAUAUUGUAUAAAUUAUUUACAGUUCAUUUUAAAUCAAUACUUACUAUUGAUUUAAAAUUAACCGGAAAUGCCUCUAAACUAUAGGAGAUUUUAACAGAAAUAUGAUGUUGUUGUCCCAUUUUUAAUUACGGUUUAUUUGGAUAUUUUUUUAUUUAUUUUUAUAAAACUCAUAGAAAUAAAUUUUUGAUGUAUGCACCCCCUUAAAAUCGUUGAUAGCAUGAAGUUGCACCAGUUACUAAACACCUUAAAUUCAACUUCAAAAAACCAGGGCAUCCUGCCAUCUUAACUUUCACGAGUUUCUAGUUGUUUAAUUUAUAUUGUAUUCAUGUUUAUGGUAACAACUUAUUCAAAUAAAAACUGAAAUUCUUUAAAACUAACUCACUGAUACAUACAAAAUAGGCUCAUUAGGAAAUUACUGAUUAGCUUUAUUUGAAUUUUAAGUUAUUUGUCUCAGUAAUGUAUUGAUUUUGUGUCAUUAUAUUGGCACUAAGAGAGCGUUAUUGAGAGUUGUUUUCUAUUCUUGUUUAGAUAUAAACUUUUUAUUGAAUACGGAAGGAUAUAAUUUGUUACCAAGCAUUAUUCAAUAAAAAAUAGGAUAGAUUUUUUUAAAUUGUAUUAUCAGCUCAUUAUUGUAGGUUAUUGGCGUUUAAGAACUGAAAAUAAAUUAGCUAAACACCUAAAUUGCUUUUUUCUUUUAAUUAUACUA